AUGGCUGAUGGUAAGACCACUCUUUGGUAUUCCUGCUUCAUUUCAGAUAUGGAUGACCACGACCUAUCAGUGAUUCGUUCAGACCUGCAUCUUAAUGCCUCUUAUGAACUUAGAGUUCCCUCACCUCGAGAACAUCCUGCUAGUCCUCCAGAAGGUUUCAUGACCAUUUUCAGAGAUCAGAUUCUGGGAGGACUUCGCUUUCCCAUUCAUCCUUUCAUUUCUUCUCUGAGCGAAUACUUUGGCAUUUGCAUUUCUCAGCUUGCUCCUAACUUCUUUAGGGCAGUUUGUGGUACCAUCAUUCUCUGUCGGGUAUAUGAGCUUCCCUUGACUGUUCAUCUCUUUCACCACUUUUAUUCCUUCAAACGUUCAGAGACGGGCGUAUUCAUGGUACAAGAUAGACCCGACUUUAAGUUUUUUGCUGACAUGCCCUCUUCGAACAAGGGGUGGAAAUCCCACUUCUUCUUUGUUAGACUACCUCAACCACUGGUCGGGCCCAUACAAUGGCGCCCAGAACUCCCCGAGAACCUUCCUUCACAUCAGCACCAGCCUGCUUAUAUCUCAUCCUCCGAAGCGUUGCAAGGCGUACUUGUUAACUUUUCCGUGUUGUUGUUGGAAGGCUUUCUAUAUUUAUUUGGGCUUAGCCCUGUUCAGAAGGACAUUGGGGCUCCAUUUGAAGCUGCCAUGUAUCGAGCCUACUCCUCCGACGCUAAGCACCGAUCCUCCUCUUAUUUGAAAAAUCUAGGCGAAGAGCUUAGACGGGGUGUAGCAACUUCCUCCCGGUCUGGCCCCUCUGCUUCGCAGUCCGCUCCUACUCCAUCUACAAUUCUGCCGGCAGCGACUCAUGAAGGAACUUCCUCAGCACCUCCUCUAGAUGCAGCUCUGGAUGAAGACCUGGUUACUGUAGAACAAGUUGACCCAUCCAUGAUAGGGCAAAUGGAGGAAGUCUUGGGAAAACAGGUCGGGGAGGCCACCGUAGAGCAACUUGAAGAGACGCAAGUGGCAUUCCCCCGACCGGUUGAGCGCCUGAAACUUCAACGCAAGCGUAAGAGAGUGACUCCCGCUAUUCAAGCGUCACCUCCACCUAUCCCGCCCAGCUGUCGCUCAUCUGCUACUCUCCGCCCCUUGGAAAUGAAAGCAACUGCUCCUGCACGAGAGAGAAUUACGAGGUCUGAAGUUCCCAUCGCGUCACCUCACGCAUCAGUCCUGGCUUCUGAUCGAGGCAUAGCUCCUGCGCAGGCUUCUUUGCAAGAACCAACCUCUUCUCCCGGUCAGCCAUCUUUACCCUUACUAGACCAGCCCGGGAGCUCAGGCACUCCAUCGACCCCCCUUCCCAUGGAUGCUCUAGGGCAGACGCAGAAACUACUGAUGGGGCUCCCCCCUUACUGCGCUGAUCGAAUUAGAGGGCGAUUUAGCAGCCUCCUGGCCUGCUCCGCCAACUUAAAUGCUCUUCAGCACGCCUGUAGAUUACAGAGGGACAAUGAAGCGUUGACAGCUCGCCUGGAGGAAAUAGAGUUGCCCCUGACUCCUCGCGAUCCUCUCAACCCCACACCCGGGGAUCUGGCUAACUAUCUUCGUUUGAUUGGAGAGUUUGCUGGAUCAGCCCGUGAUAUUUCUCAUGCAGCUUUUGACAAGAUCAAGGCCUUGGAACUAGCCUUACAGACUAGUGAGUCGGAGUUGACCGUCGAGGUAAAAAAGCGUCAAGAGUUAGAGGCGGAGUUGGAGAAGAAAGAUGCCCAAUUGGCUAGCUCACAAGAAACCCAGGAAAGCCUUCAAAAGACCCUGGCAGAAGCUCAAAAUCAACUGACUUCUAUCACCGACCGGGAGAAAGCUUUACAAAGCCAAUUAGAGGCCAACCAGGCAACUCUCAAAACUGUGCAGGCUGACCUUCUGAAGAUUCAAAAGGAUGUCUCCCAAGGUCAAGAGGCCCUGAUUCAAGCCCAAGUUGACUAG